AUGAAAACUCGUUCUAUGACCCGUCAAGAACUAAGACUACGUCGCUCUAAAUUUUUAUGUCUGCCUCCUGAGAUUUUUAUUCAAAUCUGUGCUCAUCUCUUACCAAAAGACCUUGCUUCUCUUUUGAGAGUUUGUAAACAACUAUAUAAUGAAUUAAGUAUCGUUGAACCUUCGUCAACAAUUCAAAAAAUUUGGAAACAAUCAAGACUCAGAUUCAUGCCACUUAGAAUUCUGGAUCCACCGAAAGGAAUGAGUGAACAAGAAUAUAUUAAACUUUUGAUUGAAAAAAAAUGUUCAUUGUGUGGAAAGAAGAGCAGAAAAUCAAAGAUUUAUUGGGAUGUAAAAGUUCGUGCCUGUGAAUCAUGUUAUGAAGGUGGAACUGUCACUGGAAUAGAGUUGUUCUAUUUCAAUUACUCAGCAUGUGAAAUCAUUACGUGCAUUCCAUUCACAAAUAUCAGAGGUGAUAGCAAAUCCUACUGGAGAUUUUUAGUUGAGGCUAAACUCAAAGAAUACAAAUCACUUCGUGGAAUUGAACGUUAUCACUGGGUAUAUGAACAAACUAAACAAACUGAAGAAAUUCAAAGUGAAGUAACCAAGAGAUGGAGAGAAGAUUAUUCAAAUUCUAAAAACGAUUUCAAAUAUGAUAGUUUUAAUAUUUGA